AUGCUAGUAAUUUACGAACAAAAUGCGAUUAAAGAUGAUCGAAAUAUCACUGCAUGCAUCUUUGGACAUCUGCGUUUCAUCUGUUAUACCUCCUGCACACUAGAAAAUCUAAAUAAAUUAUGGGAGAUUCACGAACACCCGGCAACCCCCCUCCCCCCAUCUGCACUGGCAUUCGAAGUACAACGUAAGGACGGCUACAGCGUAAUAAGAAAACGGAGACGAAAGUGGUUGUGGAUCGUCAUAAAAAUUUAUACAAUUCGUGAAUGUGAGAUCACACAUGUGCAAUCGGUUUUGCAGUUCUUCAAAGUUGAAAAUACAAGGUUUGCCUUACAUUCCCAAAAAGAUACAAAAGGCCCCUUAAAUACCUUUCAGAACACGAGAGCCUUUGUCUCCGAUGGCGACGUCGAGAAUGUGCAGAUGAAACCGCAGGAGGUUAACUUACACUCAGAAUUCGUGAAGACCCCCAAGAACAUAACAUUGACCUAUAGCCACUCAAACAAUUAUCCAGCUGACGUCUACUACAUGAUGGAUGGAUCAAAGUCCAUGGAAGACGAUAAGGAUAUGUUGUAUACCCUUGGAGAAAGUCUGGCGGAAGGAAUGAAGGAGAUCACCACUAACUUGCAACUCGGUUUUGGCAUCUUCAUUGACAAGCCAGUGUUGCCUUACAUUUCCACUAUUCCACGUACAGUUUCAAGAAACGCUCUUCCACUCACUAGCAAUGCCUCAGCAUUCACGGAGGAGGUCAAGCGAGCCAAGGGUGCCACCAACCAGGACUUCCCAGAGGGCGGGUUCGAUGGCCUCAUGCAAGCUAUAGUGUGCGAGGAGAACAAAUGGCGUGGCACCAGUUUUCGGGUGAUCAUAUUCUCUACUGAUGCUGGUUUCCAUCUCGCAGGGACGGGAAGGUGUGACUUGGCCAUUAUCAAGAAUGGCCCUUACAUUUUUUUAUCUUAUAAAUCUGCCACCAUCAUCAAUUUUCACAUGCAGAUUAUAUUCCCUUUUGCCAGAUAUUUCUUCAAUAUUUAUUUUUCCAUCGGUAGUCACACAUUUAUCACCUUUUGCUGCAAUGAAACUCACUUGGACUUUCUCCAUACCAUUAACGCUAAUAAUUUUGUCAUGAAUCAGAAAACUUCUAUUGAUAUCGAUAGAUUGCAAACUAACAUGGUACCAUUCCUUCAGCUGGCUGGUAUCUUAAGACCCAACGACAAGCAGUGCCAUCUUGACAUCAACAAUGAAUACAACAAAGCCAUCAUGUACGACUAUCCUUCAGUUGCUCAGAUCAACGAAAUGGCGAAGGCCCGCAGAAUCAACCUGGUGUUCGCCAUCACCGCCGACCAGGAACCGCUCUACGCUCGCCUCUCGCAGCACAUAGAGGGCGCGUAUUUUGGCGUGCUGGCGAGCGACUCCUCUAAUGUGGUUGACCUCCUCACCACCAGUCUUAAGGACAUCAUAAGCAAAGUAGAACUGAAGGAGCGAGACCACAACGCCCACGUUUCAGUGCGUUACUUCAGCGAGUGCAUGGACGGCGAGAUGAAGGAACGAUCCUCUUGCCAGGGACUCGAAUUCGGGGACGAGGUCCAGUUCCUGGUGGAGGUCACGGCCACAGAAUGCCCAGAGAACGAGAAAGAUUGGAAUCCAGUUAUCGACGUGUAUCCUGUGGGCCGCCAGGGAUCUCUGCAAGUCAACCUGGCAAUGCUCUGCCAAUGCAGCUGUGCUAAGCCAGGUGAUAAGGGCUACAUUGCAAAUGCAGAGGAAUGCAACAGGAACGGCGAUUUCAAAUGCGGUGUAUGUGACUGCCACGAAGGUUUCAUUGGGAAGUCAUGUGAGUGCAACAGCAAGGAUGCCAACAGCACUGGCACCCUCAGUGAAGACUCGUGCCGGAAUCCGAACACCUCCGCAGUCUGCAGCAACCGUGGUCAGUGCAGGUGCGGGCAGUGUCUGUGCAAUAAGCGAGACGACCCGAAAGAGGAAAUCACAGGGCAAUUUUGCGAGUGCACCAAUCAGGGAUGUCUCGGCAAAAAUGACUUAAUCUGUUCAGGCCACGGGAUUUGUGAUUGUAACAAAUGUCAGUGCGAGAAAGGCUGGAGUAACAGCAAAUGCUCUUGUACCGAAUCCGACGAGGAGUGCAAGAACCCAGAGACGGACGAGAUCUGCUCGGGUAAUGGCGAAUGCGAGUGUAACAAGUGCAAUUGCAGUGGCGGCAGUCUUGGCAAAUUUUGUGAAGACUGUCCUACAUGUAAAGGAAAGUGCACAGAAUACACCCCCUGUGUUCAGUGCCAUGCUUUCCAGACGGGAAUGUACGGUGCCAACGAAUGCGAGGCUAACUGUGCUCAAUAUAACAUCACCUUACAUGAAACACUAGCAGUUGACAGCGGAAAGGAGAAAAAAUGUUCGUAUCUGGAUGACGAGAACUGCCUCAUCAUCUUCGCUUACACCUAUGGGACUGCUGGCGGAACGACGGCCAUACAAGUCCAGUCGGAGAAACAGUGCACGAAGCCUGUCAACAUUCUAGGUACUUUGGGCUUGAUGUGUCAUAAAAAGAAAAAAGAAGAAAAAAAAAAGGAAAAAAAAAAUAUAUAUUGUUAA